GGUGAGCUUACUAUAAUUUCAUUACAUACACGUCGCUUUCACAGUAUAUACACGCAUCUUCGUAUCAUACAAAUACAAACCAUCUUUUCUUCUUCAACAAAACCGAUUUUCCCUUCUUCAAUUUCCUGCAAAUUUUCAUAUGUUACCAUGAUUCCUUGAAUGAAUCAUCUCUGUUCAAAACAAUUUCAUCACUUUACUUCAUAUUCUGCAUCUUGAUUUCGAUUCUUCUCAUCAUUUCUCUUCUCCUCCUGCAUGUUACUCUCUGGUCCUUUGUUUCCAUCACUGAUGUACUUGGGGUUAAUCGUCAACCCUCUCCCAUGAAUAUUCCAACUGUAUUUGUGGAUUUGAACCGAGAGGAUAAAUGAUGUAGAAACACAGCGACUGGUGUGGCGCUUUUCUUUUUCAUUCAAAUAAUAAGUAUGAUAAAAUUAUAUGAGAGGUGCUUUGUUUUGGCUAUGAUUUCUGUUUCCGUAUGUGAUAGUUUCUUUGAAUUGGCCUAGAAAAGGAUAGUUCUAGAUCAUUACAAGGUUAGAUUGAGCAGUAAUUUUUCAAUUAACGAUCCACACAAGUGGUGCCGUGAAAUUUACAGGAGUGUUUAAAAGUAUUUUGUCACUUAAUUGUUUCUACUGACAAAUAUUGUUUGUAAAAAAAAAAAAUAGAAGUUACACCAUGCUUGGGAAUAGAGUAGUAGGAGUCCUUGCAGAGUCCAGCAACAAAUGGGAAAGAAGGGUGCCACUAACCCCUUCACAUUGUGCUCGACUUCUACAUGGCGGCAUGGAUAAAACUGGUGUUUCCCGCAUAAUUGUACAGCCAUCAACGAAGCGCAUUUUUCAUGACGCCCUCUAUGAAGAUGUUGGCUGUGAAAUUUCAGAUGACUUGUCACAGUGUGGUCUCAUAUUGGGUAUUAAACAGCCAAAGCUGGAGAUGAUUCUUCCUGAUAGAGCUUAUGCUUUCUUUUCACAUACUCACAAAGCCCAAAAAGAAAACAUGCCUCUGUUGGAUAAGAUUCUAGCAGAGAGGGGGUCACUGUAUGACUAUGAGCUUAUCGUUGGGGACCAAGGAAAAAGAUUACUUGCAUUUGGUAAAUACGCUGGCAGAGCUGGCUUAAUAGAUUUCUUACACGGAUUGGGACAGCGGUAUCUAAGUCUUGGAUAUUCGACACCAUUCCUCUCCCUGGGUUCAUCAUAUAUGUAUUCUUCCUUGGCUGCUGCUAAAGCUGCUAUAAUUUCUGUGGGUGAAGAGAUUGCAACUCUGGGACUUCCCUCAGGAAUAUGUCCUAUAGUCUUUAUAUUCACUGGCACAGGAAAUGUAUCUGUUGGCGCACAGGAAAUAUUUAAGCUUCUUCCGCACACUUUUGUUGAACCCAGCAGACUUCCAGAACUAUUUGGAAAGGCGAGGGGUCUCACUCAAUCUGCACUAGCAGCAAAGAGAGAAUUUAAGGUGUAUGGUUGUGUUGUGACUUGCCAAGAUAUGGUUGAACACAAAGAUCCAACAAAAGUCUUUGACAAAGCUGACUACUAUGCACAUCCAGAACACUAUAAUCCCAUUUUUCAUGAAAAGCUAGCCCCUUAUGCAUCUGUCAUUGUUAAUUGCAUGUAUUGGGAGAAAAGAUUUCCUCGUUUGUUGAGUACUCAGCAACUUCAAGAUCUAAUGAGGAAAGGAUGCCCACUUGUUGGAAUUUGUGAUAUAACUUGUGAUAUUGAAGGCUCAAUGGAGUUUGUUAACCAAACCACAUCAAUUGAUUCACCUUUCUUUAGGUAUGACCCUUUGAUUAACUCUUACUGCCAUGACAUGGAGGGCAAUGGUAUAAUAUGUUUGGCUGUUGACAUUCUUCCUACCGAGUUUGCAAAAGAGGCUUCCCAACAUUUUGGAGACAUUCUCUCCCAAUUUAUUGGUAGAUUGGCUUCUACAAUAGACAUUACAGAGUUACCGGCACAUCUAAGGAGAGCUUGCAUAGCCCAUCGAGGAGUGCUAACAUCCUUAUAUGAAUACAUUCCACGUAUGCGGAACUCCGAUGCAGAAUAUAGCUCAGAUAAACUUGUGAAUGGCUACUCGGGCAAGAAAAAAUAUAAUAUUUUGGUAUCUUUAAGCGGACACUUAUUUGAUCAGUUUCUGAUAAAUGAGGCUCUAGAUAUAAUUGAAUCAGCAGGUGGCUCCUUUCAUCUCAUUAAGUGCCAAGUGGGCCAGAGUACUAAUGCUAUGUCAUACUCAGAACUUGAAGUCAGUGCAGAUGACAAGGCACUUCUCGACCAAAUUGUUGAUUCUUUAACUUCUCUUGCUAAUAAAAGUGAAAAUUAUGAAACUCCAAUUAAAGAAGCAAAUAGGAUCUCCUUGAAGGUUGGUAAAGUCCAAAAGAGUGGAAGCAUGGAAGAAUCUGACCCGAAAAAGAAAGUGGCAGUUCUAAUUCUAGGUGCAGGCCGGGUCUGUCAACCAGCUGCUGAGCUCUUAGCAUUGAUUGGUAGCAGUUCAUCUCGCCACUUGUACAAAAAGUGUCUGGAAACUAUUUUUGAAGAGCAGAUUGAUGUUCAAGUUCUUGUUGCAUCUCUCUACCUUAAGGAUGCAGAAGAGACAAUUGAAGGUAUUCCAAAUGCAACAGCGACUCAGCUUGAUGUUUCAGAUAUCGGAAGUCUUCGUAAGUAUAUUUCUCAGGUUGAAGUUGUUAUAAGUUUACUUCCUCCUACUUUCCACAUCAUGAUAGCAAAAGCUUGCAUUGAGCUAAAAACACAUCUUGUGACCGCAAGCUAUGUGGAUGACUCCAUGUCCAAGCUAGAUGAUGAGGCCAAGAGUGCUGGGAUUACAAUUCUAGGAGAGAUGGGAUUGGACCCUGGAAUAGAUCAUAUGAUGGCAAUGAAAAUGAUCAACCAAGCACAUGUUCGCAAAGGGAAAAUAAAGUCUUUUACUUCCUACUGUGGGGGACUUCCAUCGCCAGCAGCUGCAAAUAAUCCAUUAGGUUACAAAUUUAGUUGGAAUCCUGCUGGAGCUAUCCGAGCUGGACGAAACCCUGCCACCUAUAGAUCUCAUGGCGAAACUGUGCAUGUUGAUGGAGACAGCCUUUAUGAUUCGGCCAAAAAAUACCGACUACCUGAUCUUCCAGCAUUUGCAUUGGAAUGUCUUCCAAAUCGCAAUUCUCUUGUUUAUGGGGAACUAUAUGGAAUAGAACAUGAAGCAUCUACCAUUUUCCGUGGAACGCUCCGCUAUGAAGGGUUUAGUGAAACAAUGGCAACACUAGCAAGAAUUGGUCUAUUUGAUACUGAACCUCAUCCAAUUCUUACACAUGGAGCAAGGCCCACAUUUCAAAAGUUCCUUUAUGAGCUUCUCAAAAUUGCUAAUCAGGAUUCGGCUGGAGCUCUAAUUGGAGAGAAGGAGAUAAGUGAAAGGAUUUCCACACUUGGACAUUGCAAAGAGCAAGCGAAUGCAGUAAAGGCUGCUAAAACUAUUGUAUAUUUGGGACUUAACGAGCAGACAAAAAUUCCUGCUUCCUGUCGAUGUGCAUUUGCUGUCACCUGCCUUUGCAUGGAAAAAAGGCUGGCAUAUGCGAGCACAGAACAGGAUAUGGUGCUUUUGCAUCAUGAAAUAGAAGUAGAUUUCCCAGAUAGCAAAAACACAGAAAAGCACACAGCCACAUUAGUGGAGAUUGGGAAGAGUAAUGGGAAAAUGAGGACUGCUAUGGCACUCACAGUUGGGAUUCCAGCAGCAAUUGGAGCUCUGCUAAUACUCGUAGAUAAGAUCAAAAGUCGAGGUGUGUUAAGACCUAUUGAACCUGAAGUUUACAUACCAGCACUGGAUAUGUUGCAAGCUUAUGGCAUCAAGUUGAUGGAAAGGACAGAAGGAUCUCCACCUUCAACCAUAUUCUGACUCAUGAUGUUCAAAGGCAAGAGUUGUAAUUGUUGUUUGGGAAGUUGGAUGUACAGAAAAUAAUUAUCUUCAAGUUUGGUGCAAAUGAAGCAUAUGAAGCGCAUUAGAAAGUGCCAUCCUGGUCUUAAUGAUGCUUGUGGUUAGGGGUUUUCUUUCUGUUUGCUGUCUGAUAAUUAGAGUAUAAAUACUAGCCGUCAAUUUUUA